ACCAUGCAGUAUAGUUUCCUCAUAUUAUGCAAAAACUAACCUAACCGUUUGCUUCUCUUCCUGUAUUUGUCCCAAAUAACAGACCAGUGUUGCAUCACCUUGGAACAGUAUAAAACACCCAGAAUCUCGGGCUGUUACGUUUUUUAGCAAGCCAAACCCCAAAAAUGCCUGCAGACUACAAUGGGACAUGGGACAUGGUCAGCAGUGACAAUUUAGAUGGUUACAUGGUCGCACUUGACAUAAACUUUGCUACACGCAAAAUUGCCUGUAUGCUGAAGCCGCAGAAGGUGAUCAAACAAGAUGGAGAUUCCUUCACCUUCCAGACCAUUUCCACUGUAACUUAUGAAUGUUCCUUCAAAAUUGGAGAGGAAUUUGAAGAGACGACGAAGGGAAUGGACAACCGCAAGUGCCAGUCUGUGGUUGACUGGGACGGCGAUAAGCUGGUGUGCGUUCAGAAAGGAGAAAAAAGAAACAGGGGCUGGACUCACUGGAUUGAGGGAGAUGAGCUACAUCUGGAGCUGACCUGUGAAGGUGAAGUCUGCAAGCAAGUCUUUAAAAGGAGGACAUUAAAAUAGCCUUAAAGACAAUGUGAUACUUAAUGCUGUUUUCAUAAUGAAAUGAAAUGCAUGCAUAAUAAAAAAAAGCUGAUCAGUAA